CUCUUUUUCGCUUGAAUGGUGUGUUGCUUUCAGGAAAUUCCGUCUCCUUCUCGUUCUCGACUUCUUCCGCCCUUGCAUCGCUCGUCAAGCUCCAAGCGCACAACGACAACAUCUCCCUCUCUUUCUCUCUCUGCCCUUAGAGAGGACCUGAACAAACAUCUUCUAAUGGUUCUAAUGGCGUUUCGCGUUUUCCUCUCGUUUUCUCUGUUUGUUCUCAUCUCAGUUCCCAACAUUGCUCAUUCAUCCCUCGACGUCUCAGGUAAUGGAUUGGUGCUCCGAUUGAAGAGCGACUCUCCUUCCUAUGGUUUUGAUAAAAAACGCGUUAUCCAACUCUCUUGGCGUCCCAGGGCAUUCAUAUAUAAGAAUUUUUUAUCGGAAGAGGAGUGUGAUCACCUCAUUUCUAUGGCGAGAGGCAAGCUAGAAAAGUCAAUGGUGGCGGAUGAUGGCUCUGGAGAGAGCAUAGCGAGUGAAGUUCGGACGAGCUCUGGCAUGUUUCUUGAGAAAAAGCAGGAUGAAAUUGUUGCAAGUAUCGAGGCCAGGAUUGCUGCUUGGACCUUCCUUCCAGAAGAAAAUGGGGAGUCCAUGCAAAUACUGCAUUACGAGCUUGGCCAGAAGUAUGAGCCCCAUUUCGAUUAUUUUCAUGACAAGGUCAAUCAAGAGAUGGGAGGGCACCGAGUUGCUACAGUACUAAUGUACUUAUCAAAUGUCAGUAAAGGUGGAGAAACAGUAUUUCCUGAUGCAGAGAACAAAAUGUUGCAAGAAAAGGAUGACAGCUGGUCUGAUUGUGCCAAGAAUGGAUAUGCAGUAAAACCAAUCAAGGGCGAUGCUUUGCUGUUUUUCAGUCUCCAUCCAAAUGCAACCACUGAUACAAGGAGCUUGCAUGGUAGUUGCCCUGUCAUUGAGGGUGAGAAGUGGUCUGCGACCAAGUGGAUUCAUGUGAGAUCCUUUGAUAAACCAUUGGCAACCGAAGAAUGUGUUGACAAGAAUGCCAAUUGCCCAAGAUGGGCUGCUAUUGGUGAGUGUGAAAAGAACCCCAUUUAUAUGGUGGGUUCUGAGGACUCUUACGGAUAUUGUAGGCAGAGUUGCAAUGUAUGUUAACAUCAAGGUUUUGGUUUGUUUUCUCAAGUUUUGUAUCUAGAGUAGGGAUUUUUCCUAGGUUGUAUAUAAUAUUUGAAUCUGUCUAAGUUACAUGGGUUGAACUUAAAACAGUUGUUACCUGCCAAAUAUAGACACAUCACAGCCUGGUUGUACGUGAUUGUGCAAUGUAACUAUACAAUUGAACCAUUGAGUGAAAUAGCUGGAUGUAUGUUUUUUUAA